UAAAAUAUGUAACCAAUUGCAAUUAACCGUUGGUUUCAAAACACCUACAAAUUCUAGUAGAGUUUGCAAAUCUACCAGAACUCGGUUCGACGCGCAUCUACCCUCCUUCCUAAUGAUAAACAUUUGUAGGUAUGUAGGCACGUAGCACGUACCGAGCAAUCAAAUCACUCAUUAUCAUCAUCGAUAACGGCACGAGACGGCCGGCAAUCUGCGCGUCGUCGCGUGUGAAUAUCAUAGGAGCGUCGCGGCGCGGUGCCUUAUUGCGGGCAAACAACCGACCGACGACCCACCCCAUUUAGUAGCCAGCUGGUAGCGUUGGAAUUAGUCCAUUACUAACACUCGCCGUACAAUCAUCGCGUCAUUUCGCCGCGCGGACGACAACGGUGUCGCACCACCAGUCAGUACCGGAGGGGUCAGUUUCCGUCGUUAGUGAAGGUGUGUAGUGACGACGACCUUCAACCUCGCGUCGUCGUCGUUGUCGUCGUCGUGUCCUUGCCGGCCGCGUUUUCUCUGAAGUGUAAGGACCGUUUCGAUCGAUUUCACUUUAAUAGCGCCUACCGCCGCUGCCGCGCCGCGAACUCCGGAGUGGAAGACGUUCGGGACGCAUUGCUGUUUUACGCAGAACGAGAGCUGGUCAGUGAUUCAGCACAAAUCUGGCGUCUUAUCAGCAGCGACGGGCCCAAUAUUUACGCCUCGAUUGGUGGAGUGCGGUUCAGCGUAAAACGGCUGACUGGCCGGUGGCGCUCGGUUGGGAUGCUCUUCCCCAUGAAUGAUUUCAAACAAUAGCUGAAGAGGAGGCAUUCGUCUGUCGGUCACCGCGCGCUCGAUUUGUUUGUUUGCUUGCGUGGGUACAGAGACAAAUUCCGCUGCAUCUGUCGCUGGUGAGUCAACCGGGAAAUACCUGCUAACCAUGACUAGCAGCUGGAACAAAUUUCAGCUACUGCUGUGGAAGAACUGGACCAUCCAGAAGCGGCAUUACAUCCAAACCCUGUUCGAAAUUCUGAUCCCCGUGCUAUGCUGCUCGAUGCUGAUACUGGUCCGUGGACUGGUCGAUCCGGAGAUGGUCGAUCAGCCGACGGUCUACCACCCGAUGCAAGCAAAUUACCUAGUCAUCCCCGAAGUUACGUCGCCUCCGGUGAUACCGAAGCUUGCCUAUUCUCCGAAGAAUGAAGUUUUGGAAAGCUUGCUGCAGCAGGCCGUAGAUGACCACUUGUGGACGCUUAACAGUUUGGAACUUGAAGGAUACGGCAGUGCACGUGACUUGGAAGGUCUGCUGAUUCAACAGAACUACUUUGUCGGAGUGGAGUUCGAUGACAGCCUAGCGAACAUAACUUCCCUCCCGGACAAAAUCCACUUUUCGCUACGAUUCCCAGCGGAGACACGACAGUGGAGAUGGCUGUUCGGGAACUGGCGAACCAAUCUACUGGUGGUACCGUUUUCGCCGGGAAUUCGUAACGGAGAUAUCAACCAUGGAGGCAGCCCAAGCUACUACGCCGAAGGAUUCAUCCCCAUACAGGCAGCCAUAUCGGCUGCAAUUAUGGCCAGACGCGAUCCAGACGUUGACCUGAGAAAUGUCCUGUUGAGGCGCAUCCCGUACCCACCGUACUACAAGGACGAACUCCUACCAGCCAUGGAGCAACUGCUUCCGUUGAUCAUCCUGAUCGCGUUCUUCUAUACCUGCAUCAACACCGUCAAGUACAUCACCAUCGAGAAGGAGCGCCAGCUCAAGGAAGCCAUGAAGAUCAUGGGUCUGUCCAGCUGGCUCCAUUGGACGGCCUGGUUUGUGCGGAGUUUGAUACUGCUGUUGAUCACCAUUUCGCUGGUAACGGUUCUAAUGACGGUCAGCCUGACGACCAAUACAGAUCAAUCGGUACUGCAGUACACGGACUGGUCCGCCCUGUGGGUGUUCUUGCUGGCGUUUGCGAUUACCACGAUAUGCUUCUGUUUCAUGAUGAGCGUGUUCUUCAACAAAGCCAACACCGCCGCCGGAAUAGCCGGCCUGAUGUGGUUCCUGCUGAUGAUGCCGUACAACAUCACGGUACGGAACUACGACGACAUGGGCACCGGAUCGAAAAUUGCUCUCUGUCUCCUGUCGAACACGGCGAUGUCCUACGGAGUGCUGAACAUCGUUCGCUUCGAGGGAAACCAAGCUGGGUUGCAGUGGUCCAACAUGUUCACCCCGUCGACCAUGAACGAUGGGCUGAGCGUGGGGGUGAUCAUCGUUAUGCUGCUGGCGGACGCGCUGAUCUAUCUGUGUAUUGCGCUGUACUUUGAACAGGUCAUGCCGGGGGAGUUUGGAGUUGCCAAGCCGUGGUAUUUCUUGUUUACCAGGGAGUUUUGGAAGCGAAAUAAGGUUGGUGACGCGUAUGGAGGUAUGAACGGAGUUGUGAAGCCAAUGCAAUCGAAGUACAUUGAAGAGGAUCCUCCGAUUGAGCGGGCUGGAGUUAGGAUUCGACACUUACGUAAGGUCUACGGUAAGAAGGUUGCCGUUGAUGGUCUGGACUUGAACAUGUACGAAGAUCAGAUUACGGUGUUGUUGGGACACAACGGAGCAGGUAAGACAACCACGAUGUCGAUGUUGACGGGGAUGUUUUCGCCAACCUCGGGGACGGCGCUGAUCAACGGCCAUGACAUUCGGACUGAUAUUGAAGGAGUUCGGCUGUCCUUGGGGUUGUGUCCGCAGCACAAUGUGUUAUUCAAUGAAUUGACGGUGGCUGAACAUGUUAAAUUCCUUGCAAAGUUAAAAGGGGUGAAGGAUGGUGAAGUUGCGGCAGAAGUCGAGAAGUAUGUGAACUUGUUGGAGUUGACGGACAAGAUGAACGCCCAGUCCAGAACUCUUUCCGGGGGAAUGAAGCGGAAACUAGCGGUAGGAGUGGCGUUGUGUGGGGGAUCCAAGGUUGUGCUACUGGAUGAACCAAGUUCUGGAAUGGAUCCCUCGGCGAGAAGGGCUUUGUGGGAGCUGCUGCAGAAGGAGAAACUCGGAAGAACUGUUCUGCUGUCUACACACUUCAUGGAUGAAGCCGAUGUUCUUGGAGAUCGGAUCGCAAUCAUGGCAGAGGGACAAUUGAAGGCCGUUGGUACUCCGUUCUUCUUGAAGAAGAGUUUCGGCGCCGGUUAUCGGUUGAUUUGCGUGAAGGAGUCGAACUGUAACAAGGACCGUUUGCUGGAGAUCCUGAAGGGCCACAUUCCUGAUGUUGAGGUGGAGACAGAUAUUGGAUCCGAGUUGACUUUGGUCUUGCGGGAGGAUUACGUGAAACAAUUUCAGCCAAUGUUGGAGAACUUAGAGGACAAGAUGGAGUCCUGUGGCAUAUCCAGCUUCGGAAUAUCAUUGACCACGAUGGAAGAGGUAUUCCUUAGGUCCGGUACUGAUAAUUUUGAGAAGGAUACCGUGGAAAACGGAACGGUCAUACUGGCAGCUUCCAGUGAAUAUUCUUUGGACAAUCUGCACCUGCUCACAGGAAACCGUCUGCUCUUCAACCAAAUCAAAGCGCAGUUCUUGAAAAAGUCACUGGUCACGUUCCGUAGCUUGAUAACCCUGUCUAUGCAGAUCCUCAUACCCAUCGUAUUCGUACUUAUGACCUACAUCAUCAUCCUGAACUCCUCGGCCAACCAGGACUUACCAGCCUUGGACAUCAAACUGGAAUCCUACACACACUCAAUUACCGUUUUAGAAGACCAUCAGUCUGACACUUCCGUAAGACAAUCAUACUCCGCUCUGUUCGACAACCUGAACCCGAACCACCAACUUAUCGUAACCCAAGAAGACAUGAACGACUUCAUUCUGCGGAAGUCCAUCGAAUCCAUCGCAACCGUCAACACGCGCUACUGGGUAGGCGCCACCCUGAACUCCACAUCUCCAACCGCUUGGUUCAACAACAAAGCGUUCCACUCAGCCCCACUUUCCAUCAACCUUCUGUUCAACGCCUUCCUACAAUCCGUCUGCCCAGAGUGUGAAAUCCAAGUCACCAACAAACCACUUCCGUUCCAGUUGACGACCCGUUUCGAUCAACUGGAAACCGGGGCCAACUCGGGCUUCCAGUUGGCCUUCAACACCGGCUUUGCCAUGGCCUUCGUAGCUGCCCUGUACAUCAUGUUCUACAUUCGCGAGCGAACUACGCGAUCCAAGUUACUGCAGUUCGUCAGUGGGGUGAAUGUGGCGUUGUUCUGGGCUGUGUCGUUUAUCUGGGACUAUUUGGUGUUCGUCGUGGUGAGUCUGUUCUAUCUGGCGUCGGUGGCUGCCAUCCAACAGGAUGGAUGGUCGAGCUUUGAACAGCUGUGUCGAGUGUUCCUGGUGCUGCUGCUGUUUGGAUUCGCAGUUAUUCCAACGACCUAUCUGUUUUCGUACCUGUUCGACGUUCCGGCAACUGGGUUCGUUAAGAUGAUGUUGUUGAAUAUCAUAUCCGGAUCGGUGUUGUUUACAGCAGUUACCCUACUGAAGUUCGAGGGCAUUGACCUGCAGGAUGUAGCUGAAGUGCUGGAAUGGGUUUUCAUGCUGUUUCCCAACUUUGUGCUGAGCCACAGCUUGAACAAUCUGAAUAUGGUGGCCAGUACGGAGGAUCUAUGCGCGAAGCAGUGCGAAUUGAUUCCAAUGUGUACGAACGAGUUGUUGUGUUUGUUGAUACCGCAGUGUUGUGGACAGGAGAUCUUCACCUUCGACGAGGGAGGAAUCAAUAGGAAUUUACUGUUUUUGGUUGCGAUAGGUGUUAUAGCGUUUGGGCUGAUCAUGUUCAUAGAGUUCAGAGUUUUUAAGCGGAUCUUCGAUAGGAAGGUUACAGUGGCUGAGGCUGAUGAUGGAUCUGCGUUAGAUUCAGAUGUUCUGGAAGAGAAACAGAGAAUCGCCGCGAUGAGUCAAUCGGAGAUCAACAGCUACAACCUCGUAUUGAAGGAUCUUUCGAAGUACUACAAGAAAUUCAGGGCUGUGAAUAAUCUGUCCGUGGGAAUACGUCACUCAGAGUGCUUCGGAUUGCUGGGAAUCAACGGAGCUGGGAAAACAUCCACCUUCAAGAUGAUGACAGGGGACGAAAGCAUUUCUGGUGGUCAAGCUUGGGUCAACGGAAUCAGUCUGCAGACAAACAUGAAUCGAGUUCACCAGCAGAUCGGAUACUGUCCACAGUUCGAUGCACUGUUAGAGGAUAUGACUGGGAGGGAGACCCUGAGGAUGUUCGCUUUGCUCCGUGGAGUAGAGAACGCUGAGCUGAACAGCGUAUCGUUGGCACUGGCGGAAGAGCUGAACUUCCUGAAGCACAUCGACAAGAAGACGCGAGAGUACAGUGGAGGCAACAAGCGGAAGUUGAGUACGGCGCUGGCACUGAUCGGGAAUCCGGCGGUAGUCUACCUGGACGAACCGACUACGGGGAUGGACCCGGGUGCAAAGCGACAGUUCUGGAAUGUGAUAUGUAAGAUUAGGGAAGCGGGGAAGGCGAUUGUGCUGACUUCGCACAGUAUGGAAGAAUGCGAGGCGCUAUGCACAAGGCUAUCAAUUAUGGUCAACGGGGAGUUCAAAUGUCUGGGAUCGACGCAGCAUUUGAAAAAUAAGUUCUCCGAAGGUUUCUUGCUGACCGUUAAGGUUAAACGGGAGCCAUCGGACAACCUACGAGCGAGAAUGGAUUGGGUGAAGAUAUUCGUGGAGCAGAAGUUCACCGGGGCCGAAUUGAAGGAAGAGUACCUGGACUCGCUCAGCUUCCACAUUCCUCGGACAGACCUGCGAUGGUCGGCGAUGUUCGGUCUGAUGGAAGCGGCCCGGGACGAGCUGGAAAUCGAAGACUACGCCCUGGGGCAGACCUCGCUGGAACAAGUAUUUCUUUAUUUUACCAAAUACCAAAGAGAAGAUCAAUAAACUGGCGACAAAGUCGCAUUAUGUACGUA